UGUCCUUUGGAACUGGUGGGAAAAAAUUUCGGGCCGACCCUUGAGUUAUCCGUUUACGGAACGAUGCUGUCUUCUACGGCCAAAGUAAAUCCUGAUUUAGCCUUAGAGCGAAAGAAGGCCUCUUUUAACCCGAUUGAGCUCAGUUACCUGCUUCACGGCGGACGGCAGAAGAUCGAGAGAAAAAGAUACCUGGGUACUGUAAUUUUCUUAGAUAUUUUGCAAAAACCUGCGACGUUAACUCCAGUUUUCGGAAAGUCAAACACGCUCGCUCAGUAUGAAUUUACAUCUGUUAUACUGUUUCUUGAAAACAGGUGGCGAGCAUACGAACACUGAUUGAGUUCAAGAAAGAAAAGUCAUCAUAUUUUUGUGUACAGAUCACAGCUACACUCACAGCUGUAUAAAAUUGCACAAAUGUCUUGUCCAGGCUCAUAUGAAGCAACUUUUCCAUAAAGUACCAUUUAAUGAGCACAUUUAUUUCUUUUAGUUUUUCAUCUAAUUUAUGUCUUUUUAUCAUUCAUUUUAGUCUGUUUUUAUCCAAUUUACUAUUAUGUCUGUUAGUCAUUCAAUUGUGCCUGCUUUUGUUAUACAGCUUUUUACCUCUGUUAGACUAGUCAUUUAAGGGCUAUUUGGAUGGAGGGAGGAAGAUCUAUUGUAGUACCAGGCAGAUCCUAGAAGGCAGAAAUUUUGGUCGGUGUGGUGCCCAAGUAGAGAAGGAAUUAAUGAUGGCAAGCGACAAAACAAAACUUCAUUUUGUUUGGGCCCUUCUGCUCUUUCUCCAGCGUUAAUAACUACCUUUCAGCAGAAUUAUCACAAUAAUCAGCUCUUGGUAAUGCCAAAUGAAAUGUUCAGCCUUUAUUACAGUGAUUACCCACUGAAUGACCCACUAUUCUUGUCUGAUUUGUCCCCCCUUGACGACUCAUUUUUCAUGCAAUUUUGCCAGUCUGCAUGUCAUGGCUUGUUGCCAUGAUUUGAUUGCUCAACCAUAACUGAUCACUUUUCUCUGAACCUGCGAAAGCAUAGUUGGAUACUAACACUGACAAGUGCAUAAAGGGAGGCAAAAAAUGGUGUGUAGACUGAUCUGUGAUGUCAGUGAAGGGGUGGUAGAUAAAUAUGUACCAAUAAAUGGCAAAUAUAAAAUACCUAUUUAUAUUAUGCGUAGUUCACUUUGCUCUAAAUGUACUUAACAUCACAACUCGACGGUUUUGUCAGACAUGGUGCUGAGCAACAAGGCCAUGAAAGGGCAAGAAGCUGCAAAAGCAUGUGAAACUGCAAAAGCGUGCGGAAGAGUGACAAAGUCAUGAGAAAAAUAACUAUUGGUCCCACCCCAAUCUCCUCAUGGCAGUUUUACUGCCCUUGCCUGCCUUGGCUUGUUUGUGUGCCUGACCAAAACCACUAUGCUACGCAGGCUAGGAAGAUUGAAGGAGGCUCUGCAAACAGGAUAAUUAUUUAAGAUUACUCUGAACAUUAUUUACGUAGCUGAAUUCAUGUAUAGGGUUGGCAGAUAUAUGGUAACUAGUAAGAAAAUUGUGGGUUUUGGAAACAAUGGUUGGUGGUGAGUCUUGAAUUCCUGUUUUUUUAGUUUCUUUGUUUCUCAGAUCUUUGAACUCAAAGUCUAGAUGUCUUGUGGUUAGUCUUGUAUUAACCCUUACUUAAUAUGGAGUCAACAAUGACUUGCUGUAUCAUUCACAUGGUGCAGGCUGUUAUAGCAAAACAAUUUCUAGCACUGUACUGCUCUGAGAGGUCAUAUAAUAUUAUCCUGUAUAAUGUCUUUCCAUCCUUUACAUUUUUAGAAUCCUUGCUUGUGAAGGAUCCCAUUUUUAGCAAGGAAGAUGCGUAUGUUUGUGAUCGCAAGCACCAGUAUGAAAGAUCUUGUGAAAAAGGGCUGCGGAUGUUAGAACUUCAUAAGAAGUACAACAUUACUGAUGAAGAUGACAUUCGCAUGUUGAACAGGUACAUUAUUUUUGAAUAAAUUACUCUGGUUUUUACUGCAUGGUAAAUAUAAUUAAGCUAUACAUGACAGUGAACUCUGUCUAAAACAGACACCUUUGCAGUGACCAGAACUUAUAAGCAGGGCUCGAAAAAAGCCCCGCUCGAUAGUCCCACCGGGAUAAGUAGAUUUUUUGCUGGGAAAGUAACUUUUAAAGCUUAUACUUUCCCGAUGGGUGAGGAUCCAGGCAUGUCAUCCUCUAUAGAAAUCAUUCACUAAGACAAACAAGAAGUGGCUCUGAGCAGGCAAAAUGUGAGAGCUGCUUGCCCUGCAAAGAACAAGCUGGAAAUCAAGUUUUUUUUUUUAGCCCUGACCAAGUCUCCAUCUUAAAGAGAUGUCUGUCUUAUAGAGAGUCAGAUUGCAAGUAAAGGAUGUAGAGAAAGGCAGGCCGACCAACUGUAGGUGUCCAUUUUACAAGGUGUCCAUUAAGAGAGAGUCAGCUGUAUUAUUUUUUACAACAAAGUCAGUAAUGUAGCCUUAAACUUCCUCUGGGGGAGGAAAAACAAUGACGCAAAGAAAAUUCUUUACCUCAUUGUCUUUAUGGCGUCUCCGUGGCUACAGCAAUGUAAGGCUGAUACUAGGUAGAAAAAUUGUUUUUGUAAGACAUCAAUAUGGACACCAAGAACUCAAGGGUGUGGCUAAGGAAAAACUAAACAGGGUUCUAGCCAUAGGACUUCUACUCAACUGCACCUUCAGAAUUACCCCACGUCAAAGGAGCUGGAUAUUAGCAUCUUCCCAGCAUGCUUUGCACCUAUUUCGGGGUGAUUGUUUCUGCUCUGUGUGAUGAAAACAUGAAUUUUACUUAAAGUUGCGGGGACAUUCGCGGCUUUAAGGGUGAGAUUUGGAGGUAAAGUACUAGGUCUUUACCUAAUUUUUCAUCUUCCAUCUGGAUGACAGAAUGAUUCCUUGAUUAAAGUAUCCUGUUUUCUUAAUGUUUUCUGUAAGAUUUGACCAUGUGACCUUUCUCUCCUUAUACAUCGCUGCUUAUCUGUUGUAUGCAUGGUGUUUUUGGAUUACUGUAAAAUUCCGAAAAUAAGCCCCAGGGCUUACAUUUUUCAUUUUUUCUUGGAGGGGCUUAUAUUCGGAGGGACUUAUGGAAUUCGGCUGUUUGAUAAUAUAGUUUGACCACAAUGCAUGACAGGAAUAUGGUAAUAUCCUCCUUUCCCCACAUCUUGAGCAGCUGGCUCCUAAUGGGAUAGAGAAUGUGGUACAAUAACUGCCCUGCAUAUAAAAAGUUAUUGAUCUUUCACAUUUUAAGCAUUUUUUGUCAACUUCUCUCUAAAACUAAAUAGUUGUGAAAUUGUCAUCAAUUAUUACAUUUUUGUUGGUGACUACUGUACAUUAUUGUUUGGUUCAAAAUGGAUAAAAGUAAAAAAGUGUCUGUUUUUAAGGCUAGUACUGCAUUUAAUAUUUACACAAGGUACUACACUUUGAGCCAUGAAAGAUUAACAAAAAAAUGUUUUUAGUCUUUCAGGCACAUAUUUUCCAUAUGGUCUGAGCAACGCAAUGUUUAUUCCAACAAUAAAGGUAGGCAUGUACAAGAUAAAUCAGCCUCUUAACCUUAAUCAAUUAAAAGUCAAUUUACUGUGAAGAGUACAAUUUAAAAUUCUAUUAACCAUAUACUGUUGCACUGUUGAUGUGAAAUAAUUAUAGCAAAAAAUAAUGCAUGUGAUGUCAGGUUCAAUGUUGGGUGCAUGUAUUCCUAGUACAGUUGUAGCUCAGGGAAUGUUUUCCAGAAAAAUUUUGAUUCCAAACACACCUUGAUUUAACAAGUUCAGAGAGUGGAAGUCAAUUUUUAGUUUGUAGUGCAACCUUGCCAAGACUAGCUCGAUCAUGCCCAGUCCCAAUGACCCCCCCCCCCUCCCCCGAAAAAUUGACCCAGCCCCCAAUGGGAAUGACUUAGGACAUUAUAUGACGUCUUACAUGAUGUACAUACUAUCAAAAUUCGAAAUCAUCGUUUUGAUGCUAUAGAAAUAAUCUUUGUCAAUGACUAAAUACGUGCAAAAAUGCCCCAGAAACUGUACUGUGAAUAAGAAAAAUUCAAGUUUUGAGCUAAAAAUGGGCUAAAUCUCAAACUAAGUCUGUUUUAUAUUUUACUAAGUAUUCAAUAUUUAUAGUGGAUGUAAAAAGCGGGAGAUGUAUGUACCAAAGCUGGAGAGCGGGAAACGAGGCAAAAAAGCGUAAGUCUCCCACCAAAAGCGGGAGACUUGGCAUCACUGAAUAUUGCAGUUGACUGCAAUGCACGCAGGAGUUAAUGUUUAUGGGUUCAAUCCCCUGGGCUGGGCCAAUACCUAAUAAUGAAGAUUCUACCUUUGCCGGGCUGCAAAUGGCUAGACCUUCAUAUCUUAGAUGACUAUGUAAAAUGAUGGCCCUGUGUCGAGUAGGAGAUGUAUAGAGAUUAGUAUAUAAAUUGACUCUCAAAUAAAGAGUGUAGAUGUUUGCAGUUUCACUGGUCAACCUAACUUUGCUCCUUCCUUAUAAAUUUGUUUGUGGUGUCCACAUAAUUUUUGCCACUGAUUUCUUCACCAUUUCCAGCAACUGUGGUCCAUUUAUUAAUUUUUUGUCAACUGAAUGGUAUUUACAGAGUCAAGGGACCCCUGAACAAAAAGCCAAGUGGCUUCCUCUGGCAGAGUCUUACCAGAUCAUUGGAACCUAUGCACAAACUGAACUAGGCCAUGGUAACAAUUUUCGAAGCUUAUUAUGAAUUAUUAAUACAUCUCAAUAAACUGUCUUUGCAUGAAUAUCUGAAGAAAAUUUGAUGAAUAAUUAAUUAAAUUUGAUUCUACAACAAAAGUAUUACAGUCAACCCCCCAUGUGCGACCACCCGACCACUAAUCCAAAACACCAAAAUUUUCCCGGUCAAAGCCUUGCAGUUGGAACCUCUAGUAAAUGACCACCUCAUGAAAGCAACUGCAACCACUUUUUGGGCCUGACAGUUAAUUUUCCAUUGUUUUUAACCUCUUGUAAGCAACCACUUGGCGCGUUCUCUGAUCUCUGUUUUUGCUGUGUGCACUAGGUUACUUAGAAUAUACGAAGCACUUUAGCGAUAACAUGGAACUACACAUAUCCUAACAUAAGCGUUGCAUGCAAUAAAUUAUCUUCCAUAAAGUAGAUGUGCCUGGACCUCUUCUUGGAAGAGACCCCCUGCGGUUCGAUUCUUGUAAACGACCAACUCCCAUAAACGACCACUCAGUCUCUGCAUUUUAGGUGGUUGCUUAUGGGAUGUUUGACUGUAUAAGCCAUUAUAAUGGCCAACUUUGACAUCAUUAACUUACUGGCAAGUUAUAGUUUUGGAAUCUAAAUAUUGGUUAGGUGCUCUUUCAUUUAAUAAUAGGUAAAUUAAAAAUAUUUUAUAACUGGCCCAAGUUUUUCAAACAGUGGAUAGUGCUAUCCACCACAUAAAUCACUAUCCAAUGGUUGACUAUCCGGGAAACCAGUUGCCUUAUCCUGUGCGGGAUAGAGAUUUAUCCAGUGGGUAGCUUGGCCAGAUGGUUAUCAGCCACAGAAUGAAUUUUCCCUUUUUUAAAUAAUAUUAUGGAACAUUUUUGGCUGAUAAUAAGUUCUCUAAAUUUUAAACUGGUUAAACACUAGGUUGCACAGGUACUGUAGCCUUGGGAAAGGUUAAAAAAAAUUUAACCCAAAAUCAGAUUUGACUUUUUGUGACAAGUGCAUAACAAAUUUAGAGAUCAGGCUUCUCAUGCUUGAGUGCUUUUUGAGGAAUUCACCGUAGUUGAAGAAGCAGAAUAAAUUAUCAUAAUCAUAUAAAAAUGACAGUUAUAAUUAUUUUUUUAGGAACUUUUAUUCGAGGCUUGGAGACAACAGCAACCUAUGAUAAGAAAACUCAAGAAUUUGUCAUCCACUCACCAUCACUUUCGGCUUCCAAAUGGUGGCCAGGAAACUGUAAGUUUUUUUUGGACAUAAUUGCACAGUUUAUGAUUGCACAUGCUGUACAUUUAAACUGUUCAGAUACAUCUCACAGGAUCCCACAGACUGCUACAUAUUCAUUCAAAGCCUGUUUACUGAAAUUUGUGAAAAUAGUCAGAGUAAAAGAGAUCAUCAAAUUUUCACAAGAGUGAAGGUGACUUUAAACUGAACUGUAUUUGUUCCAGGUCUGGGUCUCCUUUCUGAGGUUGCAACACUCCAUUUUCUCUAAGAUUGCACAUUAUUUUGCAAAUUCUGUAGACUCACAAGGUUCAAAUUCAGAGUGAUGGCUAACAAAAACACAACACGUUUUUCGGAUCUCCACAAGGAGGCCUAGCGAGCUCCUAAACCUUAGGUCAUCGCGCACAAAGAACAUAGUCUGCUGAAAAACAAUCUCAGCAGAAUGAGAAACCUGUUGAGAAUUUGAAUCUGGUUUUUGUGGAGAGAGGAUGUGUGACACAAGGCAAAAUCUUUCACUCCAUGCCAUCAUGAGGUUGCAGUUGUGGGAUGGGAGCACUGCCUCUACCAUUAAGUCUGUAGUCACUGAAGAUUUCAAUUUUUUUGUAGCUAAUUUAACCCAUUCGCUCCUGGAGAUUUUGCCGAAAAACGCGUUUUGAAGCUAGUCGAGUGGUUUUCUGGUCACUGUCGUGCUAUAAAGAGCUAAAACUUACCACAAACUGGUUUACAGGUUGAACACUUUCUGGCCUUGUGAUCCAGAUGCAAAAUAUCAGCUUGCGAAGUUCGGGCAUGCGCAGAAAGCAAAAUUUCGAGAUAGUUUUUGGGUUUAAAAGUGACACAGCAGUCUUGACUUUUACUUUUCGCUUUCUCUCCUCCCUUCUUUUUUCGCUUUUCUUGCCUCAUUUUUUUUUUCUCUUGCUGGGCAUUUAGUGGGCUUCAUUUUGGUGGGAAGAGUUUUUAGGAAAGCUUUUAGGAUCUUAGGAUUAGGUGAAAGGAAAGGUAGGUGGGUAAUGGAACAAGAUUUUCUUGGAGAUUUUCAGGUCAAUGUCACGUGGUUUUUGGCUUGUUUCUCUCGUGUCCUUGACUGAAUUGUGCUCAUUCUGGUAUGGUUUGAAAGAUCUCUUCACUCUGCACAAGUUAGCGAAGAAAGUUGUCCUUGACCAUUAAAACUAACGAUGGGUAGAAAGGACCUGGAUCCGCACGGGCGGUUACGGGCGGUUCAGGAGCGAAUGGGUUAAAGAAUUUCUUUUAUUUAAUUUAUUUUAUUGAUACCUUUUUAGUGGGCAAGUCAUCCAAUUUCGCCAUUGUAGUUGCAAGGCUUAUUGUGGAUGCAAAGGACCAUGGAAUACAGAUGUUUAUAGUCCAGUUACGAGACUUAAACACUCAUCAACCUCUUCCUGGUGUGUUUUGUAACAUUUUCUAUAUAGUUUUGUGAUAUUAAGUUUUAAUAAAUUUCAAGUCAAGUUGCCUUUAAUUUCAGAUGAUCUGUAUUCUAUAAAAAAUUACUAGAAAUUUCAAUCAGAAAGCUUCAGUGUAUACUGUUGUUAGUAUUAGUUAAUAGCAGGUGACCUUGCUUUUGCAAUGACCUGACAUCAAUUUUUUUCUUGUGUAAGGAAUAACUAUUGGAGAAAUUGGUCCCAAGUUUUCCGGCUCCCUGGACCCAAAUGAUAAUGGAUUUUUGUUACUUGAUCAUGUACGAAUUCCACUGAAUCAUAUGCUAAUGGGACUAGCAAAGGUAUGAAAUGAUUUUAUUUGUACGUCUCGUACAUGUAUGAUGGAUGCACUGUUAACCACAUGUACUGUGCGGUGAUUGAACUUCCAUGUGCCCCUGCCUCUUGUGAGUGACCAGCUCCCAUAAGCGACCAGUUUCUAGUCAUCUACAAUACUCAUCAAAAAUCGUGAAACACUGGAGUGCGUUUCCGCUUCCGCGGUGUUGAUUUGGGUAUUACAGUCAUCUCAGUGCUCCAAAAUGUGUGUGGCUCGACAUUGGGGAAGGAGAGGGGCUCAUCUGAGUAAGAAAAAAAGUGCAAUGAUUGAAUGUAAGAAGCAGUGUCUGUUUCAGCGAUUUGUGAUGAGUAUUGUAGCUUCUAUCCGGUCACUUCGUUCCAUGGACAGAUCAUUCCAAGCCAGAUCGUUCCACCUUAUCCUGCACCCGGUCAUUCCUUUAAGGGAUCUCCAGUUGAUGAAGCUUGUGUCUACUGUCAAGUAAUUUUAUUUUUAUUGUUACCUUUCCCAACAGCUUUCCCCUGAUGGUACCUUAACAAAGCCAGCAAACUCCAAACUUCUUUACGGAACAAUGAGUUUUGUACGUGCACAGAUUGUUUUCUCAUCUUUUCAAUCAUUAUCACAAGCACUGACAAUUGCUAUACGUUACAGUGCAGUAAGAAGACAAGGCAAGCUAAAACCUGGGUAAGCUUUCUGUCAACUGUCCAACUUAUGAUUUGCUGGGAACCAUAUGCAUUGUGUUCUGUAGAUUAAACGAUACAAUUGGAGUAGCCUGUUAAAAAAUUUAAUGUACAUUUCACGUCACAGAUGUAUUAGAAAUUCCUGUGAUUAAAAUAUCAGGCCAUGUUCACACGGCACUGGACGAAUUUUUGACCGGCUGAAGAAAUUUGACGCGAUACUUUUCACACGGGAUGGUUCAACUUUUUCGCUCUGUUUACAGGGAACUUUGAAUGGCUAAGCGUCUAUAUUUUCAUACUGUUAAAUUUUAAGGUGGUUCAGCGUGAAUGGAACACCUAAAUCCACAAAUUUUCAGCCGGUUGAAAAUUUCGUCUGGUGCCGUGUGAAGGUUAGCCUCAUUUUCUCUGCAUGAGUACAAUAAGCACUGGAGGCAACUGCCAACAUUUUGCGACACCACCAUUGGCUUCCCAGUGAAAUGACGUCUGAGGACAAGAGCAUAAAUUCUAUACUGAUGACUUGUCACUACCCAUAUUAGCUUCAACCAAUCAGAUGCCCUGGGUACUCUUCAGUUACUACUUCUGAUUGACGUUGGUCUAAUAAUUAUACGAUGUCUUCCUUGACAUAGUAACCUCCACCACCUGAUCACGACACCAGUGGUUUCCCCACAAAAUGACGCCUGAGCAACAAGUGCAGAUGACAUGUCACUACCCAGAUCUGGGUAUGCCCCUUGCAAGCUGAGUGAUACCUGAAAGGUUACUGCAGCCACCUUACACAAUGACUAAGUACACUGCUACAUCAGUUACAAGAUGUAAAUAAUACAUAUUAUUUAUAUAUCUUUUACGUCAACAGUGAUUCUGAACUACAGGUUAUUGACUAUAAAACUCAACAGUACAAACUGAUACCAGGAUUAGCGAUGGCCUAUGCUACAAGAUUUGCCUUUGAUCAUGUUUGGAGUUUGUACCAUGAAACUCAAAAACAGAUAAGAGCUGGAAAUCUCUCCAUGCUUCCCCAGGUAACGGCAAUAUUUUUUGCAUUAAAAUUGAUAGUUGAAAGAUUUAAGGAUCGGUGUUUUUGUUUAUUAACGUUUGCAUUUUUGGGAUAAUGUCAUAAAACUAUGAAAGGUUUGAACCCAAGAGUCAUUUCAAAAGUAGGUUGAGUAUGAUCAUCCAAGUGAACGUAGUGCUGAACAGGACUGUUGUUGUUGGUAGUGACUGACAUUUCGACGACCUGUGCAGUAGUCAUCUUCAGAGUAAAAGUGAGUUGUAUCACGUCAGUUGAUGGUAUUAAUCUCUGGGUAUUGUCUUGAUUGGUCCGUUAAGUCACCAUGUUAUUGGUUGUCUGUCAGUUAAGCCGUGAUGUUAUAGGCUAUGAAAAUUUGCUAUGUCAGCAAUAACAACAACAACAACAGUCCUAUUCAGGAUUACAUUCACCCAGAUGAUCAUACAAGUCAUGUACUCAACCUACUCAACCCUACUUACGGAAAAUGUUAUGUUGCGUUACAUUAUGUUAAUAACUAUCGCUAUAUUUCAACAUUUCCCUGUGUUGUUUAUUUUGCAAUAAUAUCUUGUAGGUUCAUGCUUUCACCAGUGGUCUUAAAGCCUUCUGUACGUCAACAUCCAUGCACCAUGCAGAGACAUGUCGGUUGGCUUGUGGCGGACAUGGAUAUUUACUGUAUAGUGGUUUGCCUAUGUUGUACUCGUUGAUAAAUGCUGCUUGUACUUACGAGGGAGACAAUGAUGUGCUUUAUUUGCAAGUUGCUAGGUAAGCUGAACAUACUUUACAUCACAUUUUUGUUGCUAUUCUGUGCCAUACAUCUAUACCCUGAGGAUACUUUGGCUAGUUAAGGAUAGGAACGUGCCCGGAAGGUUUUUCCACUUCUUUAAGGGGAAAGGCAAAAUGGAUCUUGACUGGUUUGUUUACAUCUCUUUUCUUCACAGGGACAUUUGUAACGCUUAGAGAUCGGAUCUAGCAUAAACAUAAUUGAAUCGUUUUGCUGUAGGUCCUGUGCUUUUAGGUUUCCUAUCAAAGGACUUUGAUACCAAAAAGGAAAAUUCUUUUUAAGAAUGAUAUUGAGCCCCCUAGAAACUAUACAGCCUUGUUCCAUGGCACAUACAGUGAUACCUAGAUUAUAACUUGCUUAUUGGAGUGCCCCGGCUUUGCCUCCCCUACGGACAACUGUCCAUUGCAAGAAAAUUAUUUGUCAUUUGGACUUGCUGUUAAGCACAUAGACUGUUGAGGUCACCAUUUCUAGAUGUGGAGCCAACUGGCAGUCCCCCACAUUUUUCAGCUCUUACCAAUUUAUUUUGAUUCUCGACUCCAAAGAAAUUUGGACAGUCAUCUUUGUCUAAAAAGGAUACAACCCAAAGAAAAACCUUCAAGUUAUACUUAUAAAAUUUCACUGCUAUUUUGUGGGAGAUUACGACUGGCUGAAUUUAACCCUGUUUUUGUUUAAGGGAAGGGCGUGGCUGUAUACAGGCUAGCUGCUGUAACGUAUUUGGUGAUAAGGUCUUAAAGAUUUAGAAGGGUUUGUCAUUUGUUUUUGUGGAUGUUGCAGGUAUCUUGUCAAAAUUGCUUCAAAUCUACGGAAAGGAGAAGCUCCACCGGAAUCACUUUCAUUCCUCUUGCAAAAACCGGAACUGUGUCCAGCAACAAAAGCCUGUGAAUUUUUGGAUCCCAAAGUACAAAGACGGAUAUACCAGGACAGGACCACAAGGUUGGGUAUAAUUAUAAUAAGUUCAAUCCAAUAGCCAUUUCCUGUUUUCUCUUUCUGCUCUUUUGACUGUGCCCAGACCACACAAAAAUAAUGUUGUGCUUUUGCUGAAGAUUACUUAAGGAAUAAUCGUUUAACUCUUCGUUCAUUAUUAUCUCUUAAAUAUGCAGUGAGGUAAAGAGUUUAGCUGAAAAGUUGCAAGACAAAGUAAUUUCCGGAAUGGAUUCUAUAGAUGCUUGGAAUGAUACAUCAAUUGACUUAGUUCGCUGUGCUAAGGUAAAAAAGGCUUUGCAUGAUUUGUAGGUUGACUUGUAGGUUUAAAUGAUAAAAUGACAAAUUAUUGAACGCCUUUUCUCAAGUAGCUUUUGUACAACUUGAUGAUGACCAUGUGGUUUAUUAAAUUGUGAGGUAAAACAAGGUUAGUGAUUCAAAGCAAGAGCCAUCAUUUGCUGUUCCAAACUCGAUAGUGAAGCUUUAUUGAGCAGGUGGUUGGGUUGGGAAAUCAGAGCAGGGAAACUUGUUAUGACUGUCUAUAGCUCUGUUCAACUUAUCCACCACCUCCAGACUGCUAUAUUUUAAGACCCAACCUCGUUUUUUUACCUAACCUUCGUUUGCCAUGGGUAGAGUCAAUUAAAGGUCACUGAGAGUCACGUUUUUUCAUCUGAUGUUGGCCGGACAGUUGUGGAAGAUUGCCAUCUGUGGUGCAAGUUAAGUAAAAAGUAAUGAGAUUUAUGCAAGUACUUAAACGUUAAUAUGUUAUCAGAUUAAUCAUAGCUGUUUGUUUAUCUCCUGGUAGGACUACAGUCACUGUGUCAUGGUUAUAUUUCUGCUUGAGUCGAUGGAGAAACUUUCUGGUAUCAGUCAAAACUUGCGCACUGUUCUCAAGUCCUUGGCGGAUUUAUUUGUUCUGCAUGGCAUCACUGAGAACUCAGGCAGUUUUAUCGAGGUAGGAGACAUUGAAGCCUCCUCUCUAGUAUAUAUAGUGACAAUACAUCACAGUUGUAAUAUUUUAGUUCUUUCACUGAGCAGUGAAAAUGAAAACUUGUUAGAUCGUAUUUACUUAUAUUUAAACAAGACUAACAAAUUGCACUGAAAAGUGCAAACAUUCUAUUCCAGCAGUACCCACUAUUGCAUCAUGAAGGUUGUUGCUUAUUGUACUGGUAAACUGCCCCCACUAUAUAUACUCCUGACAUUUUCGCAUGUUCAUCCCUACUGCUUUGACCGACCCUUCCCAUGUUGCAUCAGAUUUGUGUUCUGGAUUACACUAAUGUAACCAAAUCAUUUCUCUUGUGAAAAAAAAAAAAUCCACCACAAUGCCAGCAUUAAGAGGUAUUUUCUGUUUCCUGUCAUUAUAGCCAGGAAUUCUUAAUGAAAAGCAGCUGCAAACAGUCCGUCAGCAAGUGUACAGCUUAAUCAAUCAACUUAGGUUAGUACAGUUCAAAAGUAUACUGUAAAAUGGUUAGAGACCUGUUUGAUAGGUACUUUUGGUCAUUGCUCUUGUGGCUUAUUAUCAUUUUUGAUAGCACUAAUCUUGAUGUGCAUGUUAUGUAGAAAUGGGCCUUAAACCUUCUAUCAACAAGUGCAUUGUUAAGGUUAUUUGGGGUGCAUUUGGAGUAGAACUGACAGAAUAUCUUUCCAUUUCAGUAAAAGCUACGUUCUAGCCAAGUCAAUGUUCUAACUUGAAAUUUGUUUUGUUGGCUCAAUCUACCUUGUUUUAACAAUUUUUUGGGGAUAGAAAAUUUUUAGACUUUACAGUAAUCAAAGCAAAAUCUCAACUUCUAAAUCCUGCUGCAAUGUCCACUUACUGAAAUGAAAUUAUUUUUGCCUUUUAACUUGCAGACCUGAAGCAGUUGCUUUCGUGGAUGCGUUUGAUUACUCAGACUUUGUUCUCAACUCACCUCUUGGACGCUAUGAUGGCAAUGUAUAUGAAGCCCUUUUCAAGUACGCUCAGAAGGCAGCUUUGAAUGACCGUCAGGUAAUUGAUCCAAAAUAA